UCUUGUGUGGAACGUUCAAGGAUUGUCACCUUGCCUACAUCUACAAGAAAUCAUCUGUAACAUUCGCUUGAGAUGUUUGGAUUUUGAUGUAUAAUAAGUCUAACUAGAUUUUGGAUGGUCUUGAUACGCUCGUAGCCUGCAAAAGGCUCUCCCUCCUACCAAUAGAAUACAUACACCUAUUACAUUAGCACCUUCAUCUCCAUUAGCUUUUGCCGAUUUCUCACCUCUGUUCCCUAUGUGGGGUUGUUGUAGCUGCUGCAGAACUCGAUUUCUAAGCUGCUUCCGAGCCUAUCUCACACCUCGUCUUGCCAAUUGUAGGCUCACUGGGUCUCCUUCCUUUCGUUUUAUAGACAAGGAAAAGAGCAUGAGCUCUUCUUUCUCUUCUUUUGCCCAUUCUAGUAGAAGUGGAAGAGGGUUGGAGAUGGAAAACGAUAGAGAAAGAUCAAGGGGCCGUGGUGGUACAGGAGGCAAGGAUAAAAUUGAUGCUCUUGGGAGACUCUUGACACGCAUUUUGCGCCAUAUGGCUUCUGAAUUAAACUUGAAUAUGCGGAGUGAUGGGUGUGUCAAAGUUCAAGAUUUACUAAAGUUGAAUAUGAAAACAUUUGCCAAUAUUCCAUUAAGGUCACACACAGUUGAUGACAUUAAGGAGGCUGUUAGAAAGGAUAAUAAGCAGCGAUUCAGCCUUUUGGAGGAAAAUGGGAGUCUAAUACGUGCAAACCAAGGCCAUACAGUAAAGACAGUUGAAUCUGAGAGCUUAUUAAAAGCAAUCCUUUCAGCUGAGGAAGUUCCGGUGAAAAUAUAUGUUAUUGUAAUGUGUACUGCUCUUUUUCCUGUGAUUGUAGUGUGUGUACAUGGAACCUAUAAGAGGAAUAUGGAAUCUAUAUUAAAGUCUGGCUUAAAGCGCAUGCAAAGAAUGCAUGUUCACUUUGCAUCUGGCUUGCCAACUGAUGGUGAAGUGAUUAGCGGUAUGAGGAGGGAUGUUAAUGUUUUGAUACAUCUUGAUGUCAAAAAAGCUCUGGAAGAGGGAAUGAAGCUUUACAUAUCUGAUAAUGGGGUGAUCUUGACUGAAGGUUUUGAUGGUGUGGUGCCUGUAAAGUACUUCAAAAAGAUUGAAUCAUGGCCAGAUGGACAACUAAUACCUUUUCAAACACAAAUUUGAUGAUGAGUGGCCCUUUCUUUCGUGACAUGCUAGCUUGGCAUGUAUGCAGUUUAGCCUGAAUGAGCUUUUUGCAGCUGCUGAAUUAGAAAAACAAAAAGAAAUAGAAAAAGUCGUCAAGAAUAGAAUUAAAACUUUUGUUUGGAUUCUCUAUUUCAUUUUUGCGUGUAAAGUUAUAUUGAGACUGUAAAGAGUUACUUUAUUCUAAUUGGUUGUGUUGUCAAAGUUACGGAGGAAGAAAUAAAUGAUCUAUGAGAGUUUUGUUUGAUGGA